AUGAACAAUCUACAGUCUAUGAUGUUUACAUAUCAAUUUCGUUUAGGCUGUAAAGCAGCUACUAUUGAAUCAACUACAAGAGAAGAAUCAAUGUCAGAGUCAUCGAAUCAUAUUGAAAGUAGUAGUUUAUUUAAUACAAUUUCAAAUGAGCACACACUUUUUGCUGGAACACUUCGUGAUUGGUGUGACCCACUAUUACAGGGACAAGAACGAAUACCAGUAUCAUUGUGUCCACGAUGUGCUUCAUGCCGAUGUGAAUCAUUGAAAGAUUUAUCAAAUUCAUCCCAUCAUUCAAAACGUCAACACCAACACCAACGAAAUCAUGAUCCAUCGUGUCCAAAAUAUCGUCAGCAUGAACGAACUAAAUCAACAAGUAAACGACGCGUAUUUAAUAAACCGAAACGUCGUGCGAUUUCGCAUGAUCCCUCAAUAGCAUUAACAGAUAAAUUAGUUGAACGUACUCCAUCACCCUCUUUAACUUAUCGAAUUGAACGACGAGAGACAACAUCGAAAAUUCCGAUUCGAAUAUCAACAUCCUCAUCAGUUGCUACAACAAGUGAAUAUUCUCCAGCAUCAUCCAUAAAUAGUAGUCGAUCAUCAAAUAUGAAAACGAAAAUUCCUCGACCAAUAUCAAAUCAACAUAUAAUAUGUACACCAUUAGUUACAUAUUCUACUCAAAGUUCAGCAACAACUGAUGAAGAUUUAAAUGAUUAUGAUCAUGAUCAUGAUAGUUUGCAGGGCGAUACCUGUCAAAAACUUCCAACAAUGUCUGAAAAUGAAUUUUAUAAUAUGGACAUAUCAUCGAAAAAGAAAAAGAAGAACAUUAUGAUGUUGUAUUGUACCACAAACGGUACAAAUCAAUUAGAUCACAUCGAUGAGCAAAAUUUAUUGAAGAAGAAGAAGACAAAGAUGUCAUCAUUGUUAAAAACGCAUAGUCACAGUGAAUCAUCGUCUGAAAAACGACGUCGAAAAUUUUGGCAUAGAGAAAGUAUGUAUCCAAGUAAAUAUUCAAAUCGAUUUCCUUUUCGUAUAUUAUAA